AUGCUUCUCGUUCGUAUCAAGGAGACGCGAAAUGAAAGCUGUGAUGAUAUCGAUAAGUUCAAAGACCAGGCUUGGGAGAAAAUUCCUCUGCUAGCCAAUCAGGGAGAGUUCGCUACAGGGGAAAAGCUGCUAGGUACUAUUCAAGCAACACCUCAUCGCACCGUCUCCUACGACGCGGCGAACAAACCUCCGCGCCGGGGUAGCAUCUAUCUCAACAUGCCCGAGCGAAACACAGGAGAAGGAGCUGCUGGUGCUCGAAGGAGGAGAUCUAGCAGUAUCCUCCAAGUUUACCACGAGCCUCCUGAGACUCUCGAGCAAAUCAGUGAUCAGGCUGCCCUGCCUAAUCUCAACGCCAACUGGACAAAUGCCAAAGGUGCCUGGACUAUCCAUAUUGUCUUGAUUCUCGCUGCCAAAAUUAUCUUCGACGCGAUCCCUGGUGUCUCGCAGGAGACCUCAUGGACCCUUACAAACAUGUCCUACAUGUUUGGCUCCUACAUCAUGUUCCAUCAUGUCCGUGGUGUUCCCUUCGAUUUCAACAGUGGCGCUUUCGACAACCUCAACAUGUGGGAGCAGAUUGAUAACGGGGCACAAUACACACCAACCAAGAAGUUCCUUCUCAGUGUCCCAAUCGCCCUUUUCCUUGUCAGCACUCACUACACACAUUACGACUUGACAUACUUUACCAUUAACUUGCUGGCUGUCUUGGGAGUCGUCAUCCCUAAGCUACCUUUUAGCCACCGAAUGCGUUUCGGUCUAUUCUCAGGUAUCCCGGAGGAAUAG